AUGGGGGAGCCCGCACCCAUCUCCCUCGACACUCUCACUGAGCAGCAGCAGGAAGCGCUUGCGUCCGCGAGGCUCAUCGCAAAGGAGGCCGGCUGGAAGCUGGACGAGUUUUCCGAGUGGACGCUGCUCCGCUUCCUCCUCAAGCACCGCUGGAAGCUGUCGGCCGCGGAGAAGCAGAUCCGCAGCACCGCGGCGUGGCGAGCCGAGGUGGGCGCCGACGCCAUCCGCGCCAGCAUCGCCGCCGGGCUGCAGCCGAGGGACUGGCCAGCCAUGGACCGGAUCUGCCCGCACGUGCUGCUCGCCUUUACAAAUCUUCCGACGGACGACGGCGAUCGGCUCACCUACGUGGACGCCAACGACGUCUUCGAGGUGGAUGCCUUCUUGAACUGCGCCACCGCGGCGGAGAUCUUUGUGAUUAAUCUGUACGUCCUGGAGCACGCGAGCUACCACAACGACCGCCGCUCGGCCGCCACCGGCCGCCUCUGCCGCUGGUCGACGCACUUUGACGCGCGCGGCAUCGGGAUGCGGCAUAUCAGCGUGAGGGUGGCGUGGAAGUUCAGGCCCUGCCUCCCGCUCGCGGACAACUUCUACCCCUCCCUCUUUGGCUUCAUGCUCACCGUGAACGCCGCCAAGGCGAUGGCCGUCUUCUGGAGCCUCGUCUCGCCCUUUGUGGGAGAGAACGCGAAGCAAGUUGCCAUCCUCGACACCGAGUCGAGUCCGGGCGCCCUCCUCUCCCGCGCACCCGCCUCGUCGGUGCCCACUUGCUACGGCGGCUCGCUCCGCCGCCUUCCCGUCGACGAGGUGUCUCGCCUCCCCGCGCCGCCAGAGCGGUUCGACUACGGCGCCGCCUACCCAAACGAGCUCGGGAGGUGGCUCGCGUCCGGACUGCCGGCUGCAGCCUUGCCAGACCCAGCGAGAGGGGGCGGGGACGAGAUGGAGAGCCGGAAAAUCGGUCUUUUGAUCGCGCUCGUGGGCAUGCUUGGUGCAACGCCCGACGCGAUGCUGCUCCGAUUGGAGAACGACGAGGGCGCCCUUUCGAGCACGAUCCUCAUCUGGCGGUACCUCCUGGUCGGAGCCAUUCAGUUUGCGAUCGCGAGCUCUAUGUCCGGCGUGCGCGGCCUCCUUCGGGCCAGCACUUUAGCGCCAAAGUGCAACUUCGCCGCCGCGCUCCUCGUUACGGCCUCCAACCUCGGCUUCGUCUUCUCGCUUCUCUGGGUGGACCCGGCCAAGUCGCUCCUCCUCAUCAGCCUCAACUCGCUCUGGGCGGCGCUCCUCGGCUACGCCGUCUGCGGCGACGAGCUGCCCGCCCGCACGGCGCUCGCGCAGGGGGGCGCUCUAAUCUCGCUGGCGGUGGUCUUCGUGCCUGACUGCUACGAGCUCACGCCCGACGCGCUCGACCUCAUCCCGCUCGCCACGGGCAUCGCCAUGGCGGCCUACCUCACGCUCGCGCGCUUCGUGGCGCUCCGCCUCCCCCGCUCCUCGCUCGAGCUCUCCCCCGCCCUCGGCCCUCUCGCCGGCCUCGUCUCUCGCUCGCUCGCCUCGAUCGGCUUCGCCGUGGCGAUGCAGCGGAUGCAGCCCAGCGGCCAUGCCAGCGGCUCGCGCCUCACGCCCCGCUUCUUCCUCUUCCUGAGCCUGAACGCUGCCGGGAUCGCUCUCUACAACACCGCCCUGGUCCUCUGCCCUCGCUUCAUCACCGGCGCAGAGCGCAGAGUCUUCUUUGCCUUUGGCGACGCGCCCGACCCCUUCACCGUGUACGGAGGCGCCCUCCUCCUCCUCACGCUGCUCGUGCACGAGGCGGAGGGGCACUUCCCUCGCUCGCUCUCCCUCCCUCCACUCCCUCCCUCCCUCCCUCCCUCCCUCCCUUCCCUCCCUCCCUCCACUCUCUCUUGA